AAGCUAAGCGGUGCUCAUAUGAUUAUCUACAAGUUCUCCAUCUUCGUUCAAAUCCCUGCCUCCCAGCAGCCCAUAUAAGUAUCAUCAAUCUCUAUCUGUUAUCUUCGUCACGAAUUAUCACUGCUACGAUUGCUCAUUGGGCCAGUAGCGUAGUCAGCAAAAAGGGUUUCAUCCCAUUCACAGCUCUCCGACUUGUUUUCGCACGGACGUCUGACUUCGUCGCGCCACCACAGUCUGAUCUCACAUUGCUGUACCGAACCACCAUAGGGGAGCUGCUCUUCAGAUAUUUCAAGAUCGACCUAGAAAGCCGAAGUCUACACAGUAAUUACCAAAGCACUGGUUGUUACUUUUCAAGGAACUUUGUCUUUGCAGCUAUUCCCCAUCGCCUAUCAGAGCUUGCUUUUCCGCUCAUUUCACUGCCGUUGUGCGGGUCUCGUCCCCUACGUGGAGUUGAGUGAUGUCUGGUCCGUUGAAAAACAGGCCGUUGUUGCCGCUGCUCUCAAAUGGCCAGCCAUAUCUCCCCCAGACCACAAUGCACAAAAGGAAGCGGACGCAAGUGCUGGCAGCUUGCGACGGUAUGUCAAUCAUCAUUCUCAUUCAUGUCAAGUCAUGAACUUUCCAGCAGACAACUGACGCAAUACUAAGGCUGCCGAAAGCGGAAAGUGAAGGUCAUUUGCAACUCUUCUCAAUUUCUCUAUCAUCUCCCUCAAGCUGUGGCGAAAGGCUGUGCAACGCUGACUUGACCCCUAAUGCUGAAAGUGUGACGGAGCCCGACCAGCUUGCCGUCUUUGCGUCUCAUCCCAAGCGUCAUGCGUAUACACCGUUGCCGAGGGAACAACUCAGAGGGAGGCUCAGAAACGAAAGCUCAUCAAUAUUUCGGCAGCGCAUGAGAACAGUCAACGAGUUUUAGAGUUGAUUCGAGAAAACCGUGAUGGCGUUGCAGACGACAUCACGAGGAAGCUGCAGGAAUCCGACGAUCUUCAACGCUCGAUCAACUCAAUAGCCGACGCCAGUCUUCUCCUACCAAAAGUUCAUGAGGGUCAAAUUUCUGUUUCCAGGAGAUUCGAGGUCUGGUGUGGAGUUGAAGCCACAGGGAGGCUGUACCGCUGGGCUGUUAGCAGCGAAUCCCAAUACCGAAAGAGGCGACGGGCUUCCCCGCCCUUCUGAUCACAUUAUGCCCGUAUCGCGCUGGACCAAGAUUUCUCAAGCCGACACGACAUUGACAUGUCUUGUCAACGCCUUUUGGACCUGGAACAACACUUUGUCACAUCUAAUUGAUAGAGACCUCUUUGUUUCCAGUCUAAAAUCUAUCGACUCCAGUGCUGAUUUCGAUCGAAACGGUCAAUUUUGUUCGUCUUUACUUGUCAACGCCAUCCUAGCCGUCUCAACGCUUUAUGCAACGGAGGCUGUAUUAGGACCAGUUUCAGCAGAAAACAGAACAACAAUGAGCCGCGAUUUUGCCGCCUAUGCAUUCGAGCUCCUAGAAUCGGAGCAGCAUAUGAGUUCCUUGACUCUACUGCAGGCUGCGGCCGUCUUGUGGACUUUGGCCAGGAACGAGGGAUCUCAUGAGCCAAAAAGUCGAUGUUUGAGCCUACAGAAUCUGCUGAAGCAGACUUGGUCGUCUGUUUGCCUGGAGAACACAAGCUACGGUCGAAUCACGUCUCCCAGAGAGAAAGGUGGUGCUGCAGAGAAGACGCACCAAGCAGCUUCCCACAUCACGUGGGGGUUCUACUGCUUUUUUUCAAAACUAGCCACAGUCACCUCCCCUGAGAUGCUGAUUCCAAGGCCUCUCAUUAUAAAAACAUUCGAACGUCUAGGCACUCAAGGCCAUUCCAGCUCACAGGAUUCAACGUCAAAUGUCAGCAAAGAUCCUCAAGGCCCCGAAGUAUUCGUCGCGGAAUGUAACCUUUGCGAGAUUAUUGCCCAAUUCGUCAUCGACCAUGCUGCUAAUAGAUUGGAUCGUGAUCGCUGCACGGCGCUUUACAACAGACUCACAUGUUGGCAACUCUCCCUCCCUAGUGAUCUUACGGCGGACAACAGUAUUCGUGAAUCCGUUUCAUUUCUUCGAGCAACAUACGAUUUUAUUGCUCUGAAAGUCUUGUCCGUUUACUUGAAGCAGCCUAACACCGAUAUGCUUGACGCUCACAACGCCGAACUUGCCCAAAUUGGCCAUGCGAGCUCCAUGAUGGCUAGCCUUUGUCCCAUUGGCGGUAUAUCGAUGACGAGGCACGAGUACUGGACAGCCGAAUAUUGCUCUUUUGUUGCAAAGGAUCUCUUUCCUCGGCUCGACACGGGUGUUGCAGCGCCCACAGUACGUGACAUAAUCGGCAAAGCUUGCUGUAUCCUCAGGGAUAUGUCUCUUGCUGGAGUAUCAGACCGCGCACAGGUAUUACUUCUGGAUAUUGACAAGCAGGCAUGGUCGUCAGGCAAGGUUUUAUCUGCGCACGGCAAGCAGUGCGCAAGAGCGGAACUUAUGUCAGCGGUUACAAUACACGACGUGCGGGUUUUCAAUGGCAGGAAUGACCUCAUGACCGAUUCUACAGAUGGAGUUUUCCUAGUCAAGUUCAAAGACAAGAUCCGUAGCGUUGAACUUGUGAUCAAUUGAGUUGCGGAGUAUUGUCAUAUUUGCCACAAUGAGCGGUAGCCACAG